AUGUUUGCUUGGUACAGAUUUCCUGCUGAUCCUGUCAUUUUUGAGCGUUGGACUGCUAAAGUACGACUUAGUCGAGAAGAAAGUUGGUGGAACCCAAGAGAACACAGUGUUAUAUGUUCCAAUCAUUUCAAUGAGAGCGACUUGUACUUUACAAAAGGUGGUUUAAAAAGAUUGUGUAAGGGAGCUGUACCACAGAACGCGUUGUUUUUAUCUUCAACACUACCGGACAACAUUUCUCACAAAAGUACGGUGACUGCAGAACCAAGCACUGCUCCAGUUGUCAAUUCUAACAACAGUGCAGUAACUGCAGAACCAAGCACACCAGCUCCAGUUGUCAAUUCUAACAGCAGUGUGCUAACUGUAGAACCUAGCACAUCAUUACAGCUGUCGAAGGAAUCAUUCUAA